GCCGACAGCAGGGAUGAAGCAAAUACUGCUGCAGGCAACAGGAAAGGGAGAGGACAGAGACCAUACCAGACGGCAGGCAUGAAGACAGCACAGAGUUUGGCCACGCUGGUGGUCCUGCUAGGACAGCUGCAAGGUAGCCUCCUCAAAAGCCCUGUGAAUGACUUCUCAAAGAGUGACCGUGUGAAGAUCGAGAGACCCUGGGGGUUGCCAUGUAGUCCCGGGACCCCCUCCCUGUCCAGCCCAGCCUCUGUUCACAGCCUGAGACCCGCUGACAUCGCUGUAGUGGCUGGCAUCGGAGACUGGGAGCCUCAGGCCACCUUCCCUGGAAAUGUGCCCACUGGAAACAAUGAAACCACCAGGGUGCUGGAGGGAAUAACAGAGAUGCUACAAAUAUUUAACCCUGCAGUGACCAGGCUUCAAAUAGAUUCCUCCCUGACCCCACUGGCUGGGUUGAGCUCUCUCCCUCAGCAAGCUCAGCAGCUCAUAAACAGCAUGAGAAACAGCGCGGAGAUUGACUUUGAGAGAGACUGGAAGUUCAUCACAGUUUUCGUUGACCUGGAAGAGCUGUGUAGCUUCUGUGACAGCGAGGAGAAGCCCUCCCUGGAGAAGGCAGUGAAGAGAGUGGAAGGAGCAAUGGAGAUUUUGCACAGGCAGGUCCCCAGAGCAUUGGUGAGUGUGGUUCUGCCGAGCACUCUGGCUGUCUCUGAGAGGAGGAUGCGUGGUGGAGAUAGUAGGGGGUGCGGAGUCUGUGAAUCUGAGCUGCUGGGUGGAGCGGAUAGACUGAAUGAGGCAUUCCUCACAUGGGCAUUAGAGGGAGCUCUACAGCAACGCCUAGUGGACAAUGGGAGUUACAGCAACAGAGAGGAUUUCACUGUGGUCCUCUAUCCUACUCCAGACGCGUUGCCACAGGUUGGGAGUGUUUUUGACUCUUCUGCGCUGGACAGGAUGUCCCGAGCCAGCAGGAUCGCCCUGGAGCUGUGGGGCAGCAUGCUCCAGCCAAUGAGGGGACAGCCUGACACAGAGGACAGUGAUGACAUCAUCCGCAUCCCAUGCCCCAUGGAGGACCGCCCAUUUCUGAGGACUCACAGGAACACCAAGAGGGAUUCGCAAGCGUUUACACUGCAGGAGACUUCCACAGCGCCCUCUUCAACAACAAAGAUGAGUGGGAGCCAGCUGUCGUGUUUGGACCGAAAACCAUCUAGUUCCAUCCCCACGUCCGUUCACUCUCUCAGGCCUGCAGAUGUCAAAGUCAUUGGAGCUGUUGGUGACUCCCUCACGGCUGGGAAUGGGAUUGGCUCCAGUCCUAAAGAUUUGCUGGACGUGUUAACCCAGUACAGGGGCCUGAGCUGGAGUGUCGGAGGAGAUGAAUCCUUGAGUACAGUCACCACACUGCCCAAUAUCCUGCGACAGUUCAACACCAGUCUGAAGGGAUUUUCUCUCGGGACCGGAAAAGUUAACUCCUCCAACACCUUCCUGAACCAGGCCGUCUCCGGGUCCACCACCAUAGACAUACCAGGGCAGAUCAGGAAACUCGUCGACAUCAUGAAGAGUGACCAGAGGAUCAAUUUCCAGAGCGACUGGAAGGUGGUGACGCUUUUUAUUGGCGGCAAUGACCUGUGUAAUUCCUGUAUAGACAAGGUCCUCUAUUCUGCUUCAAACUUUCAAUCCAGAAUCCGAUCAGGUCUAGACAUUCUACACAAUGAGGUGCCCCGUGUGUUUGUGAACCUGGUUGAGACAUUGCACGUCGUUCCCCUGAGGAAGCUGCACAAGGAGACCAGCCUGAAAUGCCCCACCUUUCUAGUGAACUUGUUGUGUGGCUGUGUGACGAAACCCAGAGAUAACUCCGUGGAGCUCAACACGCUGUCUGAUCUCAACAGGGCCUAUCAGCGUGUGACCCGCGAGCUUGUGGAGUCAGGCCGCUACGACACUCGGGAUGACUUCACCGUGGUGCUACAGCCCUUCUUCAGAGAGGUGCAGAUCCCCCUGCUGCCGGAUGGGAGGCCAGAUAGCUCAUACUUUACUGCUGAUUGUUUCCACCUUAGUCAGAAGACUCAGUCUCAGAUCGCACGUGCACUCUGGAACAAUAUGCUGCAGCCCGUCGGAAAUAAGUCUACUUUCCAGAACUUGACCACGGCUGUCAGCCUGAGCUGCCCGACACAGGCGGACCCCUUCUUAAGAACCUACAAGAACAGCAACUACUCGUACCCAGGACCAGUCCCCACACAGGCGCCAAUCAAGAACUUUGGCAGUGACCUCUCCUGUCUUGACAGAGCACCGUCCGAAAACAUCCCCACUUCAGUUCACAAACUGCGUCCAGCGGAUGUGAAGGUUGUUGCGGCUCUGGGAGAUUCGAUUACAACUGGUUCUGGCGCUCAAGCAAACAAUCUGCUCAGCUUGCCGACAGAGUGGAGAGGGCUGUCUUGGAGUAUUGGCGGCAACAAAAAUCUGGAUACGGUGACCACUCUGCCCAACAUCCUGAAGCAGUUCAACCCUUCUCUCAUUGGCUUCUCGAUGGGCACAGGGAAAAGAAACAGUGGCUUCAACAUGGCCGUUGGGGGAGCCAAGGCAAUUGACAUCCCAGAUCAGGCCAACAGGCUGGUCCAGGCUCUCAGGGACAGCCAGGACGUGAAUUUCCAGAACGACUGGAAGCUGGUGACUGUCUUCAUCGGAGGAAACGACCUGUGCAACUACUGCAAUGACCGGGAAACUUAUUCUGUGGAAAACUACAUGAGGUACAUACAAGACAGUCUGGACAUUCUCUACAGGGAGGUGCCACGUGUCUUUGUGAAUCUGGUAAUGGUGCUGCAGAUUGAGGGACUGAGGCGCAUUAAGAGCAACACGCUAGGCUGCACCCUGCUGCAAACGAAUCUGUGCCCUUGUUCCUUGGUCCCUGGGGAGGAUUCUCUGGAGCUGAGUGAGCUCAAGAAGAUCAACCGGGAGUACCAGGAGGUGACGGAGAGGCUGGUGAGCAGUGGGCGCUACGAUGGCAGACAGGACUUCACUGUGGUGGUACAGCCCUUCUUCAGGAACUCCAUCAUUCCCCUGACGAUUGACGGGAAGCCAGAUCUUGAUUUCUUCUCUGUGGACUGUUUCCACUUUAAAGAAAGGGGCCAGGCAGAGAUGAGCAUCGAACUGUGGAACAACAUGCUGGAGCCAGUGGGACAGAAGCACACCUUCAAUAACUUCACUCAUGACCGCAGCAAGCUCAAGUGCCCCAGCCAGGAGAGGCCCUAUUUCUUCACGCAGAUGAACAGCUUCCCGGAUGCAAACCCCACUGCCGUGUCCCCGCCCCCCCCAAACGUUGGGCCGGUCGACUCUGUGGACACGGUGCCACAGUGGCUUGCAGCAGUGACGGCAGCGGUGGGGCUGCUGGUUGGCGCUGUGCUGGCCGGGUUCUUGGUGAGCUGGAAGGCGAAGGUCAGCUUGAAGCAGAAGGAGAAGGAGCUGGAGAUGAAACAGACCACCUUCUGAGACCCUCCUCGAUUACCCAUCCCCCCACUCGAACAUUCUUUUAAUAUUAACAAAUACCAAGACCGUAACACUUCCAAACGUGAUCUCAGACAUGGUAUCAGAGAUUGUGAUUGUAUUCAUAAAGAGAUUUGUUUCUGCUGUUUUAAUCAAGGUAAUAGCGAUAAUAGAUUUCGAGAUUUGAUGCUGUUUAUUAGACUAACUACGAUAUACAAUCACAAGCCAAAGAGCCAUAGUUUACUCAAGUCUUUAAUUAACUGUUAGACCAAAGAUACAUACAAACCUACACAAGAACACGUAAAGGUAUUUGGCUGUUAUUAGAUUGAAUAACUGGAGAUCUUUAAUCUUACUGUUGUGUGUGUUUUAUCUGUGAUGUUAAACUGCUUUGUGUCAGUGACUUAAAUACUGUUUUUGUUUUUUUUUGUUUUUUUUUUUAAAUAUAAAUAAAUCUGUGGUUUUAAGACA